AUGCCGUUGCGUCGGCCAUCACAUCAGUCGCCUGUUGUGUCCAUCGAUGACCCUCAGCUUCGUCUACCAGCAUCCACAGGUCCUCCAGAUGAGACCAAGCCAAUCAUUCCCAAGGUAUGGCUGGUAUUCGGCGCCACAGGCCAUAUUGGUCGAUCAUUGGUGAAGGCAGCAUUGAACCACGGCGACAAAGUUACGGCAAUCGGUCGCAUUGCGGAGAAUACUCGGCAACAGAUGCAAGGCUGGCAUGAAGACUGCAUAGGCGAUCUCUGCGAUGUCAGAAUCCGCGAUUCGGUCGAGUCUGUCAUCCGAGCGAGUGUGUUGCAUUGGGGUAGAAUUGAUAUCAUCGUCAACUGCACUGGUUAUGGUGUCAUUGGAUCGUGUGAAGACCAAGAUGACCACGACCUGCGUUCACAGUUCGAGACCAACUUCCUCGGCACACUCAACAUCGUGCAGCUUUCACUUCCUUUGUUCCGCGAACAGUCAUCUAAGCGGGACGAUGUAGAUGAGCCCGCUGGACGUUAUAUUAUUUUCUCUUCAACAUCGGGAGCUCUCGGCGUUCCAGGCCUCGGGCCAUACUGCGCGACAAAGUACGCCACGGAAGGUCUCAUCGAAAGCAUGCUCUAUGAGGUCGACACCUUUGGUAUCAAAGCCACUUUAGUGGAGCCCGGUCACAUGCGCACCAAUGAAGCUAACGGGUUGGAUGAUGUUGGCAUCGAUCCCGAGGGUCCGGUUGAGUUGCGCAAAUAUGGUCAUUUUCUCAUCAAAGCUCCUUCCGCACCUUACGAUUCGCCGACGGCCCCCGCUGGCCAUGCACGUCGUCUGGUACAAUGGCUGACUGACCGUCAACCGGUGAGCGCUAUCAAGUCUGCAGAAUUGACGUGGCAGCUUGGCCAUUGCCGCUACCCUCCAUUACGCUUGCUCCUCGGAACCGUUGCGGUUGAGAGUGUGCGCGAUCGCUUGAGAAGUGUGAUUGAAGAAAUCGAAGACUGGAAGCAUCUGCAAUUUCCGGAACCCAAUGACGUUGGACAGCGUGAUGAGGAUGACGAUGAUGUUGACGAAGCUCUUCGGGGCGAAGACGUUAUUGGCGAAGACGAGGCUGCAUACAAGGAUGACAAUGACGGCGGCGUUGAGCUCGAUGCAGACGACACAAUUAUGAAGACCAAUGAAGAUCUCCUACCUAUCGAUGACACCUGUGAUGGACGCUCCUCGUCCGUAUUGGGAUGA